AUUCCCAGCCGAGACCACGCGGCCACACCACUCGCCCCGCGCAAUUCUCAGGUCUCCCAGGGGUCUCUCCGCUUACCUCCCCUCCUCGCGAUCCCAUCGCCUCGCCUCGACCCGACCCCAGACUCGACUCGUCGCGGAGCGCCACCACCACCACCACCACCACGCCUCGCCGCCGCCGGCGAGCGGUGAAGGCUAGGGUUAGCUCGGGGUGAUGGCGGCCGCGCCGCCCGCCGCCAGCUCGACCGCCUUCUAAGGCGGCGAUUAUCCGAGGCUGACCUCGUGCGCGCGCGUGGGGGGGAUUCCCGUGCACAGCUCGCGAAACCCUAGGGGGCCAGCAGGAGGCGAGGCGGCUUGGUGGGGGCGGGCGGCGAUGGACGUGGACGCGCGCAUGGCGACGGAGUCGGACUCAGACUCCGACGCGCGGAGCGGCGGCGGCGGCGGCGGGUCAGGGUCCGGGAGCGAGACCCCCUCGGUGUCCCCUUCGGCUCCCGGAACGCCCACGGCCGCUGCCGCGGCAGCUUCACCGGGGCCGGUGGCGGGGCCCAGGCCGGCGCCGGGGUACACGGUGGUGGACACGGCGAUGGACAAGAAGGAGGACGGGCCGGGGUGCCGGUGCGGGCACACGCUCACGGCGGUGCCAGCUGUCGGGGAGGAGGGCUCGCCGGGGUCCGUGGGCCCGCGGCUCGUACUCUUCGGCGGUGCCACCGCGCUCGAGGGCAACUCCGCGACGCCGCCCUCGUCGGCUGGGAGCGCCGGGAUCCGUCUUGCUGGUGCCACCGCAGAUGUCCACUGUUACGACGUGUUAUCAAAUAAGUGGACUAGGCUUACUCCACUUGGUGAACCUCCUUCACCAAGGGCUGCGCAUGUAGCCACUGCUGUUGGAACCAUGGUGGUCAUUCAGGGUGGAAUAGGCCCUGCCGGCUUAUCUGCUGAGGACCUUCAUGUUCUCGAUCUAACACAACAACGACCACGAUGGCAUAGAGUGGUGGUUCAAGGCCCUGGUCCUGGUCCACGGUAUGGACAUGUGAUGGCCUUGGUUGGGCAGCGAUUCUUAUUGACAAUUGGUGGCAAUGAUGGAAAGCGGCCCCUGGCAGAUGUAUGGGCCCUUGAUACUGCGGCUAAGCCCUAUGAAUGGAGAAAACUUGAGCCGGAAGGUGAAGGGCCACCACCGUGCAUGUACGCAACUGCAAGUGCCCGUUCUGAUGGCCUCCUUUUGCUUUGUGGCGGAAGGGAUGCCAAUAGUGUGCCGCUAUCAAGUGCAUAUGGGCUUGCAAAACAUAGGGAUGGGCGCUGGGAGUGGGCAAUUGCCCCUGGUGUGUCUCCAUCACCAAGAUAUCAACAUGCAGCUGUUUUUGUCAAUGCACGGCUUCAUGUCUCAGGAGGGGCUCUUGGAGGUGGUCGCAUGGUAGAGGAUUCCUCAAGCGUUGCAGUAUUGGACACUGCUGCCGGAGUUUGGUGUGAUACCAAAUCAGUAGUUACAACUCCUAGGACAGGAAGAUAUAGUGCAGAUGCAGCGGGUGGUGAUGCUUCUGUAGAGCUUACACGAAGGUGCAGGCAUGCAGCUGCCGCAGUUGGUGAUUUGAUAUUUGUUUAUGGAGGUUUACGGGGAGGUGUGCUGCUAGAUGACCUCCUGGUUGCUGAAGAUCUUGCUGCUGCUGAAACAACCAGCGCUGCUAAUCAUGCAGCUGCUGUUGCUGCAUCUACAAACGCACAAAGAGAACCUGGUAGAUAUGCCUACAACGAUGAACAAUCAGGACAAACAGUUACAGUUUCAAGUCCUGAUGGAGCCGUUGUUCUUGGAACUCCAGUUGCUCCUCCUGUCAAUGGGGACAUGUAUACUGAUAUUAGUCCUGAAAAUGCUAUUAUCCAGGGACAGAGGAGAUUGAGCAAAGGUGUUGAUUAUUUGGUUGAAGCAUCAGCUGCAGAGGCUGAGGCAAUCAGUGCUACCUUAGCUGCUGUGAAGGCUAGGCAAAUUAAUGGUGAGACGGAGCAUUCACCUGACAGGGAGCAAUCUCCAGAUGCCGCAUCGAGUGGCAAGCAAACUUCAAGCCUCAUAAAACCAGAUCCUGCUCUUUUGAACAAUUCAACACCACCUCCUGGGGUUCGGUUGCACCAUAGAGCAGUGGUGGUAGCAGCAGAAACUGGAGGUGCCUUAGGUGGCAUGGUUAGGCAGCUCUCAAUUGACCAGUUUGAGAAUGAAGGAAGAAGGGUCAUUUAUGGCACCCCUGAGAAUGCAACUGCAGCAAGGAAAUUACUAGAUCGCCAAAUGUCUAUUAAUAGUGUGCCCAAAAAGAUAAUUGCAUCUCUGCUGAAACCUCGUGGUUGGAAGCCCCCUGUGCGAAGGCAGUUCUUUCUUGACUGCAAUGAGAUUGCGGAUCUAUGUGAUAGCGCUGAAAGAAUAUUUUCAAGUGAACCAAGUGUUUUACAGCUUAAAGCUCCCAUUAAGAUAUUUGGUGAUCUGCACGGUCAAUUUGGUGACCUCAUGCGCUUAUUUGAUGAAUAUGGUGCUCCUUCAACAGCUGGAGACAUUGCCUACAUUGAUUAUCUCUUCUUGGGAGAUUAUGUGGAUCGUGGUCAGCAUAGUCUGGAGACAAUCACUCUUCUUCUUGCACUGAAGGUUGAAUAUCCUCAUAAUGUACAUUUAAUUCGAGGGAAUCAUGAGGCAGCAGAUAUCAAUGCUCUGUUUGGGUUCCGAAUAGAGUGCAUAGAGCGAAUGGGUGAGCGGGAUGGAAUCUGGACCUGGCAUCGUGUAAACAGGUUAUUUAAUUGGCUCCCUUUGGCUGCACUAAUAGAAAAGAAAAUAAUUUGUAUGCAUGGUGGUAUUGGUCGGUCCAUCAACCAUGUCGAGCAAAUUGAGAAUCUUCAAAGGCCAAUUACAAUGGAAGCAGGCUCAGUUGUUCUGAUGGAUCUUCUAUGGUCUGACCCAACUGAGAAUGACAGCGUAGAAGGACUCAGACCAAAUGCACGGGGCCCUGGUCUUGUUACCUUUGGGCCUGAUAGAGUUAUGGAGUUCUGCAACAACAAUGACCUGCAGUUGAUUGUACGAGCACAUGAGUGUGUGAUGGAUGGCUUUGAGCGUUUCGCUCAAGGUCACCUGAUCACUCUUUUCUCAGCAACAAAUUACUGUGGUACGGCGAACAAUGCAGGUGCAAUCUUAGUUCUUGGAAGGGAUCUGGUGGUUGUUCCAAAACUCAUCCAUCCUUUGCCGCCUGCCAUUACGUCACCCGAGACCUCUCCGGAGCAUCAUAUUGAGGACACAUGGAUGCAGGAGUUAAAUGCCAAUAGACCACCAACGCCAACAAGGGGCCGCCCUCAGGCGCCCAACAAUGACCGAGGCUCUCUUGCCUGGAUAUAGCAGCCUGGCCAUAUUCUGAAACAAAUUGGUUUCUAGUCUCUAGUGGCUUGAGGCUAUAUAUAUCCAUCCAUUCUGCACACAGGCAGGUGGUAUGUGCUGAGAGCACAUGCUAGCCCAAAAACAACGGUGAAAGCCCGAAAGGAAACUGUUGAGGGAGCGAAACCAAGCGCUCAGAAGAUGAAGGCCAGAGAAGAUUCUCCGAUCACCACCGACAGUGCUGUCCAAAUCCUUUCCCCAAAUAUGAGAAGUAGAAGAACAGAAGAGUGUUGGUUAAUCGGACGGUCUUGCCUGCGAUCGUGCCUGUACAUACUCAGAUGCCAGCAGAUAAGCGGGGUUCGUGUAUGUGUUUUUUGGUUGAGCGUCAAAAGGGAUAGUGUGUCCAUUGUACUAGGUAUUCUUUUUGCUGUAGAUUUUUCUCAUGCUACACAGUUUGGAAUGGGAAAAGUGGUAAAAUUAUGAGGCCGUGGUCCGUUGUCUGUCAGGUCUUGUAUAAUAGUGUUUGUCGCCUGGUGAUACUAGCAGUCAGUCAGCACACCUUCACACCACCCACCUGUUGUAAUUUCCGUCAUCGGUGCUGAUGUGUACAAUAUAUUUUUUCUGUUUUCCAAAAGUUUUGGGUUGUGGACGGUGUUGGUGAUUUGAUUUAUUGGAAGCAGCAUUAUAUGCGUUCGAUUUUGAGAUUUA